AUGCUUGUCUAACAGCAAUAAAGAUAGAUGCCUGCUACACCCAUUCCAGGCAAUGCACGCAAAGUUAUAGAGAAUUUCAGUUAUGCCCUAUCAGAUGCUAUCGGAAAAGGCUUUAGUUCCAUUGUAUACAAAGGGAGAAAUGAUGAAACCAAUGAGGUUGUCGCCAUUAAAGUCAUUGAUAAAAAAGGACUUAAGACUCCUCUACAUUAUCAACUCUUGAGAUCUGAAGUUGAAGCUUUAUCCUAACUCAAUUCUCCAAAUAUCAUGAGAUUAUAUAAGGUUUACUACACUGAAAAUAAUACAUAUCUAAUCACUGAAUUUUGUGAUUCAGGUGACUUAGGAUAAUUGGUAACUAAAACUGGAAUUUAAAAAGAAUAGAAUAUGCAAAAAGUAUUCUAUGGUAUCAUACAAGGUUACAAAUAAAUGAAAUAAAGGGGUAUCUUAAUUAAUCUAUUUAAUUAGGUAUUGUACAUAGAGAUCUUAAACCAGCCAAUAUUCUACUUAAAGGAUCAGUUCCAAAAAUAGCAGACUUUGGAUUUGCAACAACUCCUCAAACUGUUCUAACCAUGCCUAAUGUUAAUGUUGGAUCCCCUUUAUAUAUGAGUCCUUAGGCAUUCAAAAACAGAUAUUCAGAAAAAUCUGAUAUUUGGGCUUUGGGUGUAAGUCUAUAUGAAUUAUUAUUUGGGCAAGUUCCCUGGUAAGCAGGAAGUGAGAGAGAAUUAGCCUAAAGAAUGGCCACUGUGCCAGUGCAUUUUCCAGGUCAUAUAUCAGAUGAAUGCAAGGAUUUUAUUUACAGAUGUUUGAUAGUAGAUGAAAGUAGAAGAGCCACAGUUGAAGAAUUGGAAAGCCAUAUAUGGUUGUCAAAAUAAGAACUCUAACCUAUUAAAGGAAAUGGAUUCUCUAGUAUGUUUAGGAGUAAUCAAUAAAGCAAUCAACAAUAACUCUUAUAGAAUAAUACUGUUGCAACUCCUUUGGGAGAUACUCAAAAUAAAUAAUCUAUUUAAUUUCAAACAAGGGAAUCCAAUUAUGGUAAAGAGAAUGCUAUAAUUGUUAAACAGUCAUAAUAAUCUAUCAUGUAGUAACCAUUAAAAUCAAUCAAAAGAGUCUAGGAGUCAAGGAAGGAAUCUUAAAUCAGUUAAUAGAUGAAUCAAGAAUAUUCAAAUCAAAGGGAGGAAGAAUAUUGGAGUGAAUCUAAAAAGAAUGAUUACAUCAUUUUAGCUUAGCUAAAUUUCUGUAGAUAUCUGUAUAGGGUUUCUGCUUUAAUGGAUAAACAUCGAUUUGUUCAAACUCCUUAUUUGAGAGAAAAACUUAUGUUUUUAGUGAAUAAGAAUAUCAUGAUUAAAUUAAAUUGUUUAAAUGAAGUUAUGUAAGGACAAAAUACUCUAGGAUUAGAAAAGUUUUAGUAAUAUGUAUAAAAUCCUUAAUAUACAAAAUUAUGUACAGCAAUUCAUCAAUAUAAUCAAAAAUACACUCUUUAAUUUAAUACUGUUUGGUUGUCUCUCUAGAAUCCAGAUUAAAAAUCAUAAUUAGCAAUGGAUAAAAAAUUUGAUGCUGUUUUUGAUGAAAAUUUUACUGAAUAUGAAUCGUUCUAUAUAAUUUUGAAUUCUAUCUUAAGAAAUGCAAUAAAAGAGAUUGAAUAUUCACUCGAAUCCAAAAUAAUAGUUUAAGAUACUUAAUAAUUAUUACCUAUUGAUAUAGAAGGAGGUGUAAUUCUACUUGAUUAUUUAAUCACAUACUUUUAGUUGGCUACUCUAAUCUAAGAAUGUUUUGAGAAUCCUUAUGAAUUUGCUGUUGAUUCUAAAAUUGAAUAAAUUGCAGAUGGCAAACCAGUCCGAUUAACUUAUGGCCAUUACAUUGAAAUAAGAAAUAAAAUAAAAUAACUUGAUAUCUGA